AUGGAGGGCGGACGCGUGUCGGCGCUGCGGGUCCACCGGCUGGCGCGGAGCGCGGCGGCCAAGAGGAAGAAGAGGGCGCUGGCGGGGCGGCGGCGGCGGAUGGCGGCGGCGCUGCUGCUGCUGGCGGCGAAGCAGCGGCGGCGGCGGAGGAAGAAGCCGCCGCCCCCGCCCCCGCCGGAGGAGACGCCGGUGCAGCGCGUGCUGCGGGAGCUGGGCGGCAUCCCGCACAGCAAGCGUCGCGCGGCGCGGCUGUUCGACUGGCUGAUCGCGCCGCUGCCGGCGGCCGCCUUCUUCGAGCGGGCGUGGGAGCGGGAGCCGGUGGUGGUGCGGCGGGCGCAGCCGGCCUACUACGGCGGCCUGUUCUCGGCGGCCGAGCUGGACGCGCUGCUGCGGGCCGAGGACCUGCGCUUCGGCCGCCACCUGGACGCGGCGCGGCUGGACGGCGGCGGCCGGCGGCGCAGCCCGCACCCGGAGGGGGCCCGGGCCACGCCGGCCGCCGCCUGGGGCCUGUACCGGGCGGGCUGCUCGCUGCGCCUGCUGUGCCCGCAGGCCUUCUCGGCCGUCGUGUGGCACGUGCUGGCGCUGCUGCAGGAGCACCUGGGCUGCCUGGCGGGCUGCAACGCCUACCUGACGCCGCCCGGCGCGCAGGGCUUCGCGCCGCACUCGGACGACGUGGAGGCCUUCGUGGUGCAGCUGGAGGGCCGCAAGCGCUGGCGGCUGUACCGGCCGGCCGAGGAGCUGCCGCGCCGGCCGGGGCCCGACCUGGCGCCCGGCGCGCUGGGCCGGCCGCUGCUGCAGGUGGUGCUGCGGCCCGGCGACCUGCUGUACUUCCCGCGGGGCUUCGUGCACCAGGCCGACUGCCCCGCCGCCACGGGCCAGCACUCGCUGCACCUCACGCUGUCGGCCUUCCAGCGCAACAGCUGGGGCGACCUGCUGGAGCCGCUGCUGCCCGCGGCGCUGGAGGCGGCGCUGGAGGAGGACGCCGACUUCCGCCGCGGCCUGCCGCGCGACUACCUGGACUACAUGGGCGCCCGGCACGCCGACGCGGCCGGCGACCCGCGGCGGGCCGCCUUCCUGGCCCGCCUGCGGCGGCUGCUGGCCCGCCUGGCCCGCUACGCGCCCGUGGACGCCGUGGCCGACCAGCGGGGCAAGGCCUUCCUGCACGACUGCCUGCCGCCCGUGCCCACCGAGGCGGAGCGGGCCGGCGGGGCGCGGGCCCUGGCGGCGCCGCGCUGGGAGGCGGGCGGGGUGCGGGGCGCGGCGCCCCGCCUGCGCCCCGCCACCCGCGUGCGCCUGCUGCAGCUGGGCGUGGCCCGCCUGGUGGGCGAGGGCGGCGGGGCCGUGCUCUACCACACGCUGGACAACGGCCGCUUCUACCACCAGAGCGCCGGCGGGCCGGCCGGCCGGGAGGGCCCCGAGGAGGAGGCGCCCCGCGGGCUGGAGGUGCCGCCCCACCUGGUGGACGCCGUCGAGCGCCUCUUCCGGGCCUACCCCGCCUUCGUCCGCCUCGGCUCCCUGCCCUGCGACCGCCCCGCCGACCUCCUCGCCCUGGCCCAGGACCUCUUCCACCGGGGCCUGCUCGUCACCCGGGGGCCGCUCGGCCUCGACGCCGGCGGCGGGGCGGACGGGGGGGCGCCCCCCCGCCGCCGCCGCCGCCCCGGGCCCCCGUCCCCACCUGAGCGGGUCGGAGCUACGCCGGCACCUCGUACGGCCUCCGGCAUCUAG